AUGUCUUUCGACGGUAUCAAGCCAGAGAACCACAGGAAUCUUGAAAUUUCGCAGGAGACUGAGGAGAUCAGGCAUGGCGAGCGCCCAGAAUCUGUAGAGGCGAAUGUCGCUGGGCCCGAUGUGCGAAUAUUCACAUCGGCCGUCACUCUUGCCAAGCAUUGUGACGGCAGCAACAAAGUUGCCUCAGAUGAGGGUUAA